AUUGGUACUUUCACAGGAGGCAGCAGUGAUCUUUCGAUAGGCCGAAAUGUUACACCUGAGUGGGCAAGAUAUGGCAGGUAGCGAAGCAUGGUUAGGAACUUGGGUUUUGGAUGUUCCACGGCUCCAGAUGACAAGAAAUAUGAUUAUUGUACAGUUACACGACUUGGAGGUAGCCUAUAUUGCGUCCCCUUCAGACAUCACAACUGAAGUCUGCUUUGGUGCACAGAAGUUUCCAAGUUGUUGCUGGCCUUAAGGGAUCUCCGUCAGACUUAGGACCCCUCUUUGCUUGUGGAAAUCACUCUUGUGUAAGAUUACCCAAACGAAUACUCAAUUUCACCUGCUGGCAAACCACUCAUAGUCUCCAGUCGCAGAGGCAGCUGGUGGGCGUGCAGUAGAGACGUGUCCGUCUUCACGGCACGCUACACAGCCGAGGAUGUAGCUGUUCCUACGCCAGAUGACAUUUGAACAUAUUUACUCCAAAUGGAGGCGAUUUUUGUACAUAGUCUGAUCGUCAUCUGGACGUUGCAGUUUUUACCAUGCAAUCAUUACAAAUGUCGAUCAUUUUAUCGGUAUCCAUUCGCCACGCACGGUCUGUCUUCAUCGUACGAUCUCUUAAUCGUAAGUUUGUUCAUUACGAUGUACAGAACCACGUGUAAAGGGAAAUUUACUACAAUCACUUGCCCUUGUCAUCAACUUGUAAAUAAACUU